AUGUCCUAUGUCAAUGAAACAGUUAUACCGGAUAAUCCAUACAAGGGACUAACGUUUUUGGAAGUGAAGCGCAUUCAGUACCCAGUCUGGGGUCACCAGAUAGUCGGAGGGUUCUUACUGCUUGUGUUAAUUGGAGGCUUCAUGGAGAACUUGUUAAUCAUGUUUAUAUUCUGGAAGAACAAAGAGCUUCUCUCUCCUACAAACAUAUUCAUCUUGGCAGUGGCUAUUGGGGAUUUCGGCAUGGCCUGUCUUGGAGUUCCGUUGCCGAUUAUUGGUGCUUUAAACGGAAAAUGGUUUAUGGGGGAGUUUCUAUGCAAGUGGCAGGCGUUUGUUGUCUACUUCGUAGGACUGUCGCAAAUGUACCUUCUAAUGGCUGUGAGCGUUGACAGAUAUGUUGUAAUCACCAAGCCUCAUCUUGCCCUAAGAAUCACGAAGAAGGUCGCGAUAGCUUGCAUGGCAUCCUGUUUUGGGCUCGCCUUUUUCUUGGCUCUUAUGCCACUCAUUGGAUGGAGCAGCUACGGGCUCGAGGCAUCAGGGGUGUUCUGUGGUCUACGCUGGGAAGAUCAUAGUGCAAGAAAUACAAGCUACAUUGCUAUGAUAUUUUUCUUCUGCUACUUCGGGCCUAUCGGCGUCAUGAUCUUCAGCUACUAUCACCUAUUCAUGGCAGUCAAGAUGCGCAACAGGAAUACAGUAUUGGACGUCAACAGCAGAGUAGCAAGAAGAAACAUCAAGAUCGAGAUACGCUUGCUCAAAAGCUGCGUUGUCAUGUGUUUGGUAUACUGGGCUGUGUGGACCCCCUACGCAAUUGUUUCCUUGAGUCAAGUGUGUGGAUACUCCGAUUCCAUCCCCCUGGUGCUCACGGAGAUCCCGAGGGCCACAGCCAAGUCUCAGAUUGUCUGGAAUCCAAUCAUCUAUGUGGCCACAAACAAACAAUUCAGGGAUGCAUUCUAUGCGACCUUACCAUGCAAGAGAUUGCGAGAGAAGGUUCAGAAACCACCAGAGGAACGGGGCAAAACCCACGACAGGCCAGACGAAGAUCACGAAACAACAAACGUCUAA